AUGCUCUGCACUGUGUUGGACCACAAGAUGCACAAUGUUGUUCCUCUGAAACAAGAAUGUGAAGGAAAGAAGGUGGAGCUGCAGAAGACAGAGGCUGAAACUCAGGAGAUGAUCCAGAAGAGACGACUGAAGAUUCAGGAGGUCCAACACAACGUGAAGCUCAGUGAGGAAGAUGCAGACCGAGAGAAAGCAGAAGGUGUUCAGGUCUUCACUGGUCUGAAGGAGUCUGUGGAGAGAAAACUGAACGAGCUCAUCACUACGAUAGAAGAGAAGCAGAGAAGCACCAAGAAACAGGCUGAAGACGCCAUCAGAGAGAUGGAACAGGAGAUCUCUGAUCUGAUGAAGAGGAGCACUGAGGUGGAGAAGCUCUCCCUCUCUGAAGACCACCUCCACCUCCUCCAGAGUGUCCAGUCCCUCAACAUCCACCAUCCACCACCCACCAAGGACUGGUCUCAGGUCAGUGUUCCUCCAGCAUCACAUGAGGGGACUGUGAGGAGAGCUGUGUCUCAGCUGGAGGAGACGCUCAGGAACAAGAUGAAGACGCUGGUUGAAGUUGAGAUGAAGAGGGUCCAGAAGUUUGCAGUGGACGUGACUCUUGAUCCUGAAACAGCUCAUCAUCAACUCAUCCUGUCUGAUGACGGGAAACAAGUGAAACCUGCUCAGGUCGGCGACUGGGUCUUCAUCCGCGUCAUCAAAAAAAGGACGUGGAGCGACGCCCGCUGGGAGGGACCAUUCCAAGUCCUUCUGACGACUGCAACCGCUGUGAAGAUAGCCGAGAGGACCACCUGGAUACAUCUUUCCCAUUGCAAAUUGUUCCCCACAGAAAUCCCGGACCAGUGCCCUGAUCCCGAGACGACCACGAGCAGAGGGGAAGACUGACUUCAAAGGGGACUGUCCGCUUAAAAGACAGCCGUCUCAACGUCAGUGAAGAAACCAACGAUCCCUGCUCUUAGGUGUCAGCUCGGGUGAUGGAGCUAGAGGUCAACGCCAACCGUGGAAGAAAAUGUAAACUAACCUUUGGUUUAAGCUUGUAUGAUAUAAUUGUGUAAAACUCCUCACAAGGAACGGACAAUUAUUGAUGUGAAACUGCUGACUAAAAAGUUUAAAUCCCAAAGAGAUUGUUGUGGUGUUACUAACAAACAAAUAAUCAUGAUUCUGCUUAGACUGCUUAACCAAAAUAGAAUUAGAAAGAUACAAGUAAAAUGAUUGCCUUUAUUGAAAAUGUUUAAUAAUCAUCAAUAGCAUAAAUAGGAGGGAAAUGAUGGGGAUAUAAAUGUCUGUUAUGCUCUUGCUGACCUUAGCUAAUACUAAACAGCCAGGAGAGGUUUCUCCUUUGCUGUGACCCCACACGAAGGUUAAAGAACAUAUCUUCGGAAACGUGUCUUGUGAAAACGAUAUGGAAGUGAAAGAGAUGAGCCCGCAGUUCCACUUCCCUUUUAUGAUAUGUAUGUGUGUGUUAAGCUUUCAAUAAAAGGCUGAAGCAAAGGGGUGCUCAGUGGGAAGUCUUGGACGUCGACACUGCUCUGAGCAGGUGUGACUGAGCUCCCCCUUUGGCAAAAGCCAUCAAAGAUA